AUGUUGAUCGGACCAAAUGCCCCUCUGAUCUUUGAACCAACUCGUGGUUCUUUCAUGCAGCAUACCUAUGACUUUUACAAGGGCGAUUUAAAGUCCGAAUACCCAAUUGUAGAUGGUCAAUUCUCGAACAAGUGCUAUCUGAUGGCGUUGGAUAACUGCUAUAAGCGUUAUCAAGCGAAGAAGUCUUCUCAACUAGUCAAUGGCACGACGGGGAAUACUCCACUUGAUUCAUUCGAUUACUUUGUCUUUCAUGCCCCUAACUGCAAAUUGGUAGCUAAGUCGUAUGCACGGCUGCUAUAUUAUGACUACUUAGCAGACCCACAAAAUCCCACUUUCAAGGGUAUCCCCACCGAGGUCAAAGAAAUCGACUAUGAGAGCUCCCUUGGCGACAAGUGCGUAGAAAAAAUUUUCAUGGCUCUAACGCAAAAGCGCUUCUCGAAUCGCGUACAGCCUAGUCUUAUGGCAGCACCCGUGUGCGGUAAUUCGUAUACAGCAUCCGUAUACUUUGGACUGGUCAGUCUGCUAAGCAGUGUGCAGGGUAAGGAGCUUCUAGGCAAGAGAGUUGGAUUCUUCAGCUACGGGAGUGGCUUGGCUAGCAGCAUGUAUACCCUCCGUGUCAAAGGUAAUACUGAUGAAAUGGCACGCAAACUGAACUUGGUUCAGCGGCUUGAAACUCGAAAGGCUGAGUCACCCGAAUUCUACGACCAGAUGUGUCAGCUCCGCGAAAAGGCAUAUCAGCAACGAAAUUAUACACCCCAAGGCUGCAUUGAAAGUUUUGCCUCCGGGACUUAUUAUCUUGUCAAUAUCGACGAAGCAUUUAGACGAACCUACGCCAUUGUACCAUGA